CAACGAUUCGCCCCUCCAUCGGCAUGCGGGAUCGGCUGCGAUCCUACAUUGGGCAGCUGGCGGGCGGGCCUGCCCUGCUCCUAUCCCUCAUGCUGCAUAGCGCCUGGCAACUGGGCUUAGUCUCUCCCGGGUCUGGAUGCUGUAGGCCAGCGACAACCACCUGGUCCAUUAUUAAUUCCUGAUGCAUUGGCAAUGAUACCUUGGGAAAACGAUAUGUGCAUGAUCGUCAUAAGUCCACUCCCUCUCCACCAACUUCAAGACUUAGUCCUCUCUGCUUCCGGCUUCGAGACCGCAUGACAUGGGCACCGUCCGCACUGGAUGGGUCAUCGGAAUACCGAGUGCAAACAAGCUGCAGGCUGCACUAUUUUCCAAGUCAUUCUAUCUAACGGAUAUUUGUGUUGUGACAAUGGCUAACUACUGGCUCAUACGUAGAGGGUUUUUCUCAGCGCGAUCCGACCAAGGAGACGACAGUUCAUCAACAAAAUGAAUUCGCUUUGAUAGCGCAGAGAAAUCCACCCUAGUCCGAGAUCACCAUAGGCGCACAGUAUAUUACGCAAAAGGAAUGGUAGAUAACUAGAGAGCAUACGGGAUAAUCU